CUCUAUCUGGAAGGCAGAUAAAAUAAUGAAAAACACUUGGCCAAACUGCUAGCAAAACUCCUAUUGUUUGCACCACUCUUGGAAAAGACUCUUGGGAGUAACAGUGGCAUCCUUGCUAUUGAUUGGCUGGUUAAAUAGAGGACUAUUAGCUUCAGACAGGCUAGAUUGAUUAUACAGCAGCAGCAGGAGCUGAGACUUACGCUGAGUGAGCGGCAGGGCGAAAAGGAGAGAGAGAGAAGGGAAGGCAGGUGGGGAGGGAGGCCACACACGUUCCACAGCAUCGCUGCCUGCUGGUGCCGAUUAUCUCGCUGCCUGCCUCCCUCAGUCAACAACUUACUGAGGAGCCUUUUCUUUACAAGAGGAAGUCAGCUCCGAGCCCCAGCAUGAAAUAACAGACUUCACCUUGGAAUAGUUCAUCUCACUCCUGCAUCAUUAAAGAGGAUUUUGCAAAGAAAACAAAAACCAAGUCCUCUUCCCAGCCCUACUUUGUUCCAGAAUUGAACAGAAACGGUUUCAUGCUCCAGAAUCCAGUUACAGCAGUAUAUAAGAAAAGACGCAUCACUGAACAUUCAUGAAGUGAGUUAUAAGUCUAAUUCAACAGGUAGAGACAUCAGAAAUGGAGAUCAACAUGAGUGCUGAAGUAGGAGAAAAUUCAGAGGAUUCAUGUCUUAGAAGCAAAGAAGACAGAGAAAUUGACUGCUCAUUUUCUUCUGCUUGGUAGAAAAUGGUUGCCUGUGCUCACCUACUGUGAAAAAUUGGAAUCAAACAACUGGAGCUUUGAUUCUCCAAGUGUUUCAGGAUGUAAAUGUAGUCUGACCUUUCCCUGAUGGGCAGUUAAAUCAUGGACACGCUAAACAAUUUGCUUUGGACCGUCCUUCAAAAGAUGCUUUGGCUUCUCUCUUGAAUGCUCACUAAGCAUUUGUAGCUGACAAGGAAAAGAAAGAAAACUGUGAACUGGAAAGGUAUCUUACAAUGAAAAUUACGAGCACAUCUUGCAUCUGUCCAGUCCUCGUGUGUCUCUGUUUUGUGCAGAGGUGUUAUGGAACUGCUCACCACAGCUCCAUCAAGGUGACCAAGAACCAAACCAAACAUAUUGAAGGUGAAACCGAAGUCCACCAUCGUCCCAAAAGGGGAUGGGUUUGGAAUCAGUUCUUUGUUUUAGAAGAACAUAUGGGACCAGAUCCACAAUAUGUCGGAAAACUGCACUCCAAUUCUGACAAAGGUGAUGGGUCUGUCAAGUACAUCCUUACUGGAGAAGGUGCCGGGACUAUAUUUAUCAUUGAUGACACCACGGGUGACAUCCACUCCACGAAAAGCCUAGACAGAGAGCAGAAGACACACUAUGUGCUUCAUGCCCAGGCCAUCGACAGACGGACAAACAAGCCUCUGGAGCCUGAAUCUGAGUUCAUCAUCAAAGUUCAGGACAUCAAUGACAACGCCCCAAAGUUCACGGAUGGGCCGUACAUAGUCACUGUGCCUGAGAUGUCAGACAUGGGUACGUCUGUUCUACAGGUAACAGCUACUGAUGCGGAUGACCCCACCUAUGGGAACAGUGCUCGGGUGGUGUACAGUAUUCUGCAGGGACAGCCCUACUUCUCGGUAGAUCCUAAAACAGGAGUUAUUAGAACUGCCUUGCAUAACAUGGACAGAGAGGCCAGAGAACACUACUCGGUGGUUAUUCAAGCCAAAGACAUGGCUGGGCAAGUUGGAGGGCUUUCGGGGUCCACAACAGUUAACAUCACCCUGACCGAUGUCAACGACAACCCCCCACGCUUUCCCCAGAAGCACUAUCAGCUUUAUGUUCCUGAGUCAGCUCAAGUUGGUUCAGCUGUUGGAAAAAUCAAAGCAAAUGAUGCAGACACUGGUUCAAAUGCCGACAUGACCUACUCCAUCAUUAAUGGUGACGGCAUUGGGAUAUUCUCCAUCUCCACAGACAAAGAGACCAGAGAAGGAAUCCUUUCCUUGAAGAAGCCACUGAACUAUGAGAAAAAGAAAUCUUACACCCUCAACAUUGAAGGAGCCAAUACACAUCUUGAUUUUCGAUUUUCUCACUUGGGACCUUUUAAAGAUGCCACUAUGCUGAAGAUAAUCGUUGGCGAUGUGGAUGAACCCCCACUAUUUUCCAUGCCUUCCUAUGUCAUGGAAGUCUCUGAAAAUGCCAAGAUUGGGACGGUUGUUGGCACAGUUAUGGCACAAGAUCCCGACAGUGCUAACAGCUUAGUAAGAUACUUCAUUGACUACAGUGCGGAAGAUGACAGAUUUUUCAACAUUGAUGUCAAUACUGGAACCAUUAAGACCACAAAGGUUCUUGAUAGAGAAGAAACUCCCUGGUAUAACAUCACAGUCACUGCUUCAGAAAAUGACAAUCCUACAUUGCUGAGCCAUGUCACAGUGGGUAUUAGAGUCUUGGAUGUCAAUGACAAUCCACCCGAACUUGCCAGGGAAUAUGAUAUUGUUGUCUGUGAAAAUUCUAAGCCUGGCCAGGUUAUUCAUACCAUCAGUGCCACUGAUAAAGAUGAUUUUGCCAAUGGAGCAAGGUUUAACUUCUUUCUUGAUGAACGCCUGUCUAUGAACCCAAACUUCACUCUAAAGGACAAUGAAGAUAACACAGCCAGCAUUCUGACAAGGCGGAGGAGAUUUAGUCGAACUAUUCAGGAUGUGUAUUAUCUCCCCAUUAUGAUCUCUGAUGGUGGAAUCCCCUCUCUCAGCAGCAGCAGCACCCUCACCAUCAGGGUUUGUGCAUGCGAGAGAGACGGGCGUGUGCGGACUUGCCAUGCAGAAGCCUUCCUGUCCUCCGCUGGUUUGAGUACAGGAGCCUUAAUCGCUAUUCUUCUGUGUGUUGUCAUUCUCCUAGCAAUCGUAGUCCUUUUUAUCACCUUGAGACGCAGCAAGAAAGAACCCCUGAUCAUUUCCGAGGAGGAUGUGAGAGAGAAUGUGGUCACCUAUGACGACGAGGGGGGUGGGGAGCAAGACACCGAGGCCUUUGACAUCACGGCCUUGAGGAACCCUUCUGCAGCUGAGGAGCUCAAGUACAGGAGAGACAUCAGACCCGAGGUGAAGCUCACCCCCAGACAUCAGACGUUGUCCACCUUGGAAAGCAUAGAUGUUCAGGAAUUUAUUAAGCAGAGACUGGCAGAAGCCGACCUAGACCCCAGCGUCCCCCCUUAUGACUCUCUCCAGACUUAUGCCUACGAGGGCCAGAGAUCAGAAGCUGGGUCCAUCAGCUCACUGGACUCAGCCACCACACAAUCAGACCAGGACUAUCAGUACCUGGGGGACUGGGGACCCGAGUUCAAAAAGUUAGCCGAACUCUAUGGAGAAAUAGAUUCUGAAAGAACAACUUAGCAGGUCAGUUCUUGCCACGUUCUAGAAUUUGCUUCCUGAGCAAGCCGAGCGAUCACCUCAGCCAUGGCAAGCAAGAAACGCAGGAACAGGGCUUGGACCUGAGCGAGCUGUACACGGCUACUGUAGAAACAAGUGCCCUUUUCAUGAUCAAAACUGGGUUAUUUGGAAGAAAGU